ACUAUCCUCGAUAGUCAUGUACUGUCGAUAGUCCAAAACCAUCGAUACUAUCGAUAGUCCCAUUUAUAGUUUAGAAGUUCUAAUAACAGUGCAAUCUGGGUUUCAGAUCCAACUUCCAAACAUAAACAUGACUCCUUCAAUCGACGACGCUUUGAUAACAAAACAGACACUACAUCCUGGCAAAGAAUACAUUUCAUUAAAGCCUGGCACCCGUGUAAAAUUCCAUUUCCAAACGCGCAAAGCCUACGAUGGGCAGUUGCUGGACGACAGCCGUGCAAUGAGCCAUCCAAUGGAGCUGGUACUUGGUAAGAAAUUCAAAUUGGAAGUCUGGGAAGUUAUCGUACAAAAGAUGGCACUCAAUGAAGUCGCUAAAUUUACUGUACAUAAAUCCCUUGUCACCCAAUACCCCUUCAUCUCGAAAACAUUGCGAGAUGUUUCAAAAAACACACACGAAAGAAGUCACUGUUGUGGAAUGACGUUACAGAACGAAGGAAUCGGUUACAAAGACCUCGAUGACCUUCUUGCAAAACCAUGUGAUUUGGAAUUCAUCAUCGAAUUAUUCUCGAUUGAACACCCAGAAGAAUACGAGAAGGAACGUUGGCAAAUGGACGAUGCAGAGAAAAUGAACGCACAAGCAGUAUUGCGGGAAAAGGGUAAUCAGUUAUACAGAGAAAAAAAGUAUAAAGAGGCAGAGGAAUGCUAUUGCAAGGCGGUGGGUAUGAUUGAACAACUUAUGACAAAAGAAAAACCGCACGACGAAGAAUGGCUGGCAUUAGCUAAAAUCAAAGUUCCUUUGCUUUUAAAUUACGCACAGUGUCGGCUUUUAGAUUGCGAUUAUUAUGCGGUCAUAGAGCAUUGCACUGAAGCACUUGACUUGGAUAAAAAUAACAUAAAGGCUUUAUUCCGUCGGGCUAAAGCACACGCAGGGGCAUGGAAUCCGGUAGAAGCCCGUAGGGAUUUUCUCAAAGCUGCGGAGUUAGAUCCAGGUCUAAAAGCGGCUGUAAAUAAGGAAUUACAAGCGCUCGAUGAAGGGCAACGUAUCAGGGAUGCCGAGGAUAAAAAACGACUGCAAAAGCUCUUCUAGAAAUUAACAGCCUCAUUGCGUAAGUCGUAAAUUAGGUUAAAUUGUACGACUCGACAACAGCAGCAUUGUCUAUUGUCGUACUGAAAUAAGUAAACGACCAA